ACCCAAGAUGGCGGCGUCCAGCGCGGCGGAGGAGGCGGCAGUUUACUUAAUAGUGAGCGGUAUCCCGGCGGAGUUGCGCUCAGCCCAGCUACGGAGCUACUUUAGCCAGUUCCGGGAACAGAGCGGCUGUGGCUUCCUCUGUUUCCACUACCGGCAUCGGCCUGAGCGGGCCCCUCCCCAGGCUGCUCCAGACUCUACCCUAACCCCUAUCCGCCAGGGUCUCGCCCAGACUUCACUCAACGAUGCCCGCACUCUCUCCACUCAGGACUCUGCUCCCGCCCAGACCCGCACCUGCUGCUGCGUCAUCUCGGUACGGGGGCCAACUCAAGCCCAGAGGUUUCUCCGUAUGUACUCGGGCCGCCGGUGGCUGGAUUCUCAGGGGACUUGGUUACCUGGUCGUUGUUUCAUCCGCAGACUUCGGCUACCUACUGAGGCAUCAGGUUUGGACUCCUUUCCCUUCAAGACCCGGAAGGAACUGCAGAGUCGGAAGGCUGAGAGUGAAGCCUUCACGCUGGCCGACCUGAGGCAACUGCCAGAGCUGAACCCACCGGUGCUGAUGCCCAGUGGAAAUGUGGGGACUCCCCUGCGGGUCUUUUUGGAGUUGAUCCGGGCCUGCCGUCUACCCCCUCGGAUCAUCACCCAGCUGCAGCUCCAAUUCCCCAAGACAGGUUCCUCCCGGCGCUACGGCAAUGUGCCCUUCAAGUAUGACGACUCAGAGACUGUGGAGCAGGAAGAGCUUGUGUACACAGCCGAGGGUGAGGAAAUACCCCAGGGAACCUGCUUGGCAGACGUACCAGCCAACCCCUGUGGAGAGCCAGAGGAAGAAGAGGAAGAGGAAGAGGAAGAAGAGUCACACUCAGAUGACGACGACGACCGGGGUGAGGAGUGGGAGCGGCACGAAGCGCUGCAUGAGGACGUGACUGGGCAGGAGCGGACCACUGAGCGGCUCUUUGAGGAGGAGAUCGAGCUCAAGUGGGAGAAGGGCGGCUCAGGCCUGGUGUUCUACACUGACGCCCAAUUCUGGCAGGAAGAGGAAGGAGACUUUGAUGAACAGACAGCCGAUGACUGGGAUGUGGAUAUGAGUGUGUACUACGAUGCAGAUGGUGGAGACAAGGAUGCCCGAGACUCUGUCCAAAUUCGUCUGGAACGGAGACUCCGUGAUGGCCAGGAGGCCGGCUCCGUGAUCGGAUACCAGAUGGGCACCUUCGAGCGCCACACCAAGGGCAUUGGGCGGAAGGUGAUGGAGCGGCAGGGCUGGGCCGAGGGCCAGGGCCUGGGCAGCGGGUGCUCAGGGGUGCCCGAGGCCCUGGAUAGUGACGGCCAGCACCCCAGAUGCAAGCGUGGAUUGGGGUACCAUGGAGAGAAGCUCCAGCCCUUUGGGCAACCGAAGAGGCCCCGUGGAACUGGCUUAGGGCUCAUCUCCACCAUCUACGAUGAGCCCCUACCCCAGGACCAGGGGGAGUCGCUGCUCCGCCGCCAGCCACCCACCAGCAUGAAGUUUCGCACAGAUAUGGCUUUUGUGAGGGGUUCCAGCUGUGCCUCGGACAGCCCCUCAGAGCCUGCGUGGCAGGUUCAAGGGCUUCCUUAAUCAGGAUCACUCAUAAUUGCACAGUGGCAGCCCUCUGCCUGGCCUUAUCUCCCACGGAAGCAGAAAGAACUCUGGGAGCAGCAGUCUGUGUGGCUUGUUCAGAACUUGCCUUCUGCCUGUCUACCUCAGGGGCAUUUUUACAAAAAGCCCCCUAUCCUACCCUUUGAUGAUAGGGCUGAAUGACUUGUCCUCGGUGGUCUCCUAACCCUAGUCCCUGUAUGGGCUUGCUCCUGUUGCCUCCCCCAGCACCCUGAAAACUGGAUUGACUGAGGUCAUCGUCACAACCUUCCUGGGGGCAAGGGGAGGGUGGGAGAGGGUUCAGCAUGAAGCCCAGAAAGAGGGGAAAAGGGACAUGGAAGAGGAGAGGAUUUGUGGUUGGAAGAGACGGUCUUGGGGCGGGCCCUCCAUCGCCUCUACCCUUAACUGGCUGGGACCGGGCAGCGGAGGGUCCGCUGCAGGUGUCCCAGGUCUGCGACCUGACGAGAGAAUAAAAAAGUUUACUACCGAA